ACCAAGGAGGUAAACGCCACAGGGAAGUCGUUCACAGUGAAGAGCGCUCUGCAGCUGCAGGUGGAUCAGAGCGAUGACGGGGUGGCCUACACGUGCAGUGUGGAGCACGUGUCUCUCGCUUCCAACCCUUACCAGGUCACAGAGGUCCUGGAGGUCCACUGUGAGUUCUGGAACCUGAGCAACAUAACCAAAUAACUAGGGAUCAGAUGAUCGUACCCCUCGAUUCUACCAUUUCUAUUCAAUUGAAUAUUAACUCAACCACAGAUCUGGGGUUCAGGAUGUUUCAGUCACUGUCACACUAGCAUGGAUGAUGUUUUCAUAAUGUGUUCUUGUCUCUCGUCCCAGAUGCCCCCCAUGUGGAGAUCUCCCACACCAUGAUCAUCCCUCAGGAAGGACAGUACUUUAAACUGGAGUGUGUCUCCAAAGGAAACCCACUGUAA